AUGGAGGAUACAGAUACAAGUGGAAUUGAUGAUGAUGAAGAAUAUGAAGAUCUUGUCGAUGAUAAUAAUUUUGAAGAUGAUGAUGACGAUGAUAUAAAUGAUGAUGAAAUACAAGUUAAUACAAGUGACUCGGAUGAUUAUCAUGACAUUAUUGAUACAUCAAUAACUCAUAUGGAAGAUGAAAAUGAUAGUGACGAUGAUGACAAUGAAAAUCAAGAACCCCUUCAAAAUAUUUCAAGCAGGGAUUUAGGUUCCAUAAUUAACCAACUACUUCAUCAACGUAACUACUUACAUAGAAAUGACGAUGAUAAUGAAGAUGAAGAUCAAGACAAUAGAGACUACGAUAAUCAAGAAGAGGAAGAAGAUGAAGAAGAUGACGAAGAAGAAGAAGAAGAAGAAGAUGAGGAAGAUGAUGAAGAGGAAGAUGAUGACGUAAAUGGAUAUAGUAGGACAUUUAACCUUUUAAAUCCAAUUUUUUUGAACCUAUUAGGUCAAAAUGUACUUCUAAGACCAAGGGAUAAUAAUAAUAAUAAUAAUAAUAGUAAUAGAAAUAAUAAUAAUAAUAAUAACAAUAACAGUAACGACAAUGAUACAAAUCAAGUUAAAGACCCUAUUCAAGGUCAAACAAUAAAUUUACAACUUCAAAUAAGAUUAAGGGAUCAAAAAACAAAAUUAAAUAGAUUCCUAUUAAAUAGAGAAUUAUCAGAUAAAAAUAAUGAAAAUAUUAGAAUAUCACAACAUUAUUUACCAAUGAAUAGAGCAGAAACAGUUAUUUCAAUGCCAUCAAGAAUAUUUUGUUGUAAAAUUACAUCUGAUGGUAAGAGAUUAAUGACAGCAAGUCAAGAUAAAAUGAUUAGAAUUUUUAAUACAUCCAAUUUUGAACAAAUAAAAGAAAUACAGGCAAUCGAUAUUAAUUGGUCAAUCAUUGAUACUGAUUAUAGUCCCGAUCAAAAUUGGUUAAUUUAUUCAUCAUGGAGUCAUUACAUUCAAUUGUGUAGAGUGAAUUUCAAUGAAAAUAAUCAAUAUGAUACUGAUUUCUCAAGAAGAAAAGCAACCAAUUCCUCAACAACCAUUAGAGGUGGUAUUAAACCAACUUUUGAAGAUUAUAAUGAAAGUUUAUUUUUAGACCCAAAUAAUUUUGACAGAUUUUGUGUAUUUGGAUUAAAAUUCUCACCAAAUAAUAAAGAGAUAUUAUGUGGUUGUUCGAAUGGUGAAAUAAUUAUAUAUGAUUUAGAAGGUAGACAGGUGGUUAACCAUUUUAGAGGCCAUGGAAGGGAUGUAAAUAGUGUUUGUUAUUUAGAUCAUACUGGUAAUAUAUUUGUGACUGGAAGUGAUGAUUCAUUGAUAAGAGUUUGGGAUAAACGUUCAUUAGAUAAAAGUGGUAGUGGUAGUGGUAGUGGUGAUAGUAAUAAACCAGUUGGUACAUUCACUGGUCAUUAUCAAGGUUUAACUCAUGUUUGUUCAAAAGAUGAUGGUACUUAUGUUUUAAGUAAUAGUAAAGAUCAAACUGCAAAAUUAUGGGAUAUUAGAAAAAUGUCAAAUCCAACUAGUAAACCACCAAGUGGUGGUGUAAAUUGGGAUUAUCGUUAUUAUUCCUAUCCAUCAGAUUAUGUUAUGCCAAAUCCACUACGUAAUGGUUCAAAUUCAAAAGAUGUCUCUUUAAUGAGCUACCGUGGUCAUCAAGUGGUUCAAACUUUAAUUCGUUGUUAUUUCUCUCCAAUUGAAACAACAGCUCAAAAAUAUAUUUAUUCAGGUUCUUUCAAUGGUAUGAUCUAUAUCUAUGAUGUUUUAACUGGUAAAUUGGUUAAAACUUUAACAGAUAUUCCUCAAAAUAAUUCUCAAAAUAAUCCUCAAAGAUUACAUUUAAUUCGUGAUUUAGCUUGGUCUCCAAAUUCUUUAAAUUUAAUUUCUGGAAAUUGGGAUGGAAGAGUUACAAGUUGGAGUAAUUUUUAUGAUCAUAGAUAUAAAGAUGAUGAUUGGGAGUAA